GGCUAGUAAGAACAAAGGAAAAGUUCCAAACCAUGCGAUAAAUAGAGGAUAUUUGUUUGUUUCACUGAGUGAACACAAGAUGCAUAGAUGCCAUCACAUCACGACGUCACAUAAUCAUGUUUAAAUAUGUUUUCCAACAGUUAGAUGACGUCACUUAUCGACGUCAUUUGACAACGUCUCCUAGCAAUACCAGAAUGAGGACUGAAAGAGAUCCAUGAUGGGCGCUGCAAUUUGCCAUUAGCUGAAAUGUCCUCGCAUAAGGUGAGAGUCAUAAGAGUUGAGCCCUCAGAUGGUACGGGAUCUUUACCCCCAGUGAGGGCAGAUACAAAGAAACUUAUGGAACAACAGAUUAUGUUGGCAAAUAAAAGAAGUCAAGUAUUUACGUACAAGGGGCCAGGAAAGACCCGAAGUCGUUCUGUACCCGACAGAGGAUUUAAAGAGGUUCAAGUUACGCAUGCACGGGAACAGAGUUUACCUAGAUAUCGCGAUGAUUUUUACGAUUCAAGUGACGAAGAAUUAGAAGAGGAGGAAGUCAAGUUAACAAAUACACCAAAGCAGGAAGCAGAACAACUGGCAGUUGAUAUAAGUAUGAGUUUAGAAGACAAAGAGGAAAAUCAUAGAGAAUCAAUGGAUGUAUCAGCCAAUAAAGGGGUAGUUUGUACAGACACGAAAAUGAAAUACGAGGCGGGAAAUAAGGAAAAUGAAGACCUUGAUAAAAAAGAUCAAGAUGUAAAAGCAGAAAAGGAUAACAUUGCGACCACUUCUAACGAAUCUGACCAGGAAAAUGACAAGAAAAAGAAGAAAAAGAAGAUGAAGCUUCCAAGUUGUUUUGGUUUCAUUUCAACUUGGAUAGCCAAAAGGAAGGAGAAAAGACGUCAAAAGAAAAAGAAGGCUAUAGCUAGCCGCGCCCCCACACCAACGCUAGUUCAAUAUGAGCAUAGAAAAUCACGUGGCGGGGAGUCUUUUACCAUUGAGGUAGACUGCAAACCGAUAGUGAUGAAGCCGAUAUUGCCGCCAAUAAAGACAGCUGACGGGCCU